AUGGAAUCAAUUCUCGGUCGUGGUUAUUCAAUAAAUGAAGAAUCUGAUUUAAUUGAUCAAUAUUCACCAUUAUCAAGUACUAUUGAUGAAGAUAUAGAACAAGAUGAUGAUUUGUUCUAUCCAGAAGAAAAUAAUGUAGAACAAGAGGAAAAUAGUUCAUCAACUGUACCAACUAGUAAUGCGACACUUUCAUCGUCAUCUAUCGAUGAAAUUAGCGGAAUGGGUUUGGGUGCAUUUAAGCCACCACCAUUUAAAAUGGCUUCUGUUGAAGGAACACCGCCACCAACACCACUAAUUCCACGUCGUUUACUUGAUCCUAUAAAUAAUACAACAAAUGCUUUUCAAAUUAUGACAAUUAAUACUAAUUUACCCUUGACACCACCAAGAAGUGCAGAUCUUAAUAAUACAAAUUGGUCUAUGGGAACGGCAGCAAAUGAAAUUCGAAAUAAUAAUUCCUUAUUUUCACGUACUAUUGAUACUACACCUAAAACAACAACAGCUAAUUUAUUAGCACCAACAAGCAUUGAUCGAUAUCUUACUAGUCAACGUCGUUUAUCUGAUUCAGUAUUUACAUCAUCAUCAACACUUGAUCAUCCACUUGCUAUGCCAUCUCUUAAUACAACAACUACAAGCAGACAUCAAUCAACUUCAAUUCAACAUUCCGAUAAUAACAAUGAAACAAGUAAUUUAUAUUCAUAUAUGGAUCAUCUUGGCGAUGGAUUACCAUCACAUAUUAAUACAUCUUGUACACCAUCAACAACAUCAUGGUCAACAUUAAUUACUUCAAAUGGUACAACAAACGAUGAUACUAUAUCAUUUUCAUCUUUAUCUCGACCACGUAUUCAUAGUAAUUCAUAUGCACCUUCUACACCACAACUUAAUUUUAAACCUCUUCAACAAUCUUCACCACUUCAACCACCACCUCAUUUAGCGAGUUCACCAUUUCCACAACGUAUAAAUACAACAAAUUCUCUUUUUCAACCUAAUUCAAAUCUAACACCAACUAAUGGUCCAUUUAGUCAUUCUUCACCGUCAUUUCAUCCACAAUCACCUGCUACACAUCAAACUCAACAAUUAUUACCAAUACCUCAACAAGCACAACGUCCAUUAUGGCAACAACAACCGCCACACCCACCACCACCACCCCUUUCAUCUUCAGCACAACAACAAUCUCAACAGCAACAACAACAACAACAUCGUCCAUUACUCCCUAUAGGUAUGCCACCAAUGCCUCAUCUUCAACCAAUGCAACAGCAGCAACAACAACAACAACAACAGCAACAAUUUCAAGCAAAUGAUGCUUGGCUUUUAGCAGAAAUGACCGCAAUGUUACGUCAAAAUCAACAACAACAACAACAACAAAUGGCAGCUUUUAAUCCAACUAUAACUUUAAGUUCAGCAGCACAACAAAUUCUAGCAGCUAAUUCAAAUAAUAAUAAUCGUCCAUUACGUUCAGAAAAAAUUGACAUUGAAAUAAUUAAACAUUUGAUUCGAGAAGCAAGAUGGAAACGUCGAUGUGGCAUGAAAAAAGAAGUUUGUGUUUUUUGUCGUAAUAAUGGUGAAAAUGAACUUAUUUAUACAAGUCAUUCUUUAAAAGAUUCAGUUGGUAAUGUAACUUGUCCAAUUUUACGUGCUUAUCAAUGUCCUAUAUGUGGUGCAACAGGUGCUCAAGCUCAUACAAUUAAAUAUUGUCAAGCAGCUGGUGAUGAUAAUAAUAGACAUGUUGCUACUCCGUAUGAAAAAAUGAUUCGUACACAAUGCAUGCAAACAUUUGGUCUUGAUGAUAAUAUAACAGCAUCAAUGCCUGCAAUUUUUGGUCCAAUUGGUAGUAAUUCCCCAGCUGGUAGUCCUGCAUCCCUUUGGCCUGCAUUGACUGGUGGUUGGCCUGGUAAUAAUUUAUAA